CCUAAGUGCGUCUUAUACUAUAAGUUUAAGAAAAUAGUCUUACAGACUAUGUACAGUAUAACUGAAAUAAAGGAGUUGAGAGUUCGCAAUCAUUGGCGAAUAAGAGAAUUAAAGAGAGUAUCAUUUAUGAUCGGUAUUAACCUGAAUGCUCAAACGAAAUUCAAAAAAUGGUGGAGAAUCAUCAAUAUUCUGAUCAUAAUUGCAAGUUGUAUUGCUUUAUAUCCGCACUGGUUAAUGAUAAAACAAGCACAAGGCGAUAUACCAUUGAUAGCUGAGACUUCUACCACAGCGCUGCAAACGACGACCGGCCUAAUUAAAAUGGCUUACAUGCUGUUCACUCAGCAUAGAUUUCAUAAGCUGCUGCAGAAAGCUGAAAGACAUGAACUACUGCAGAGAAUCGAAAUCUUUCAAACAGGUAUGCCAAUUAAAGCCACUCUGAAGAAGGAUAUUAAUGCAAUUAUGGAAAUCAAUUGGAAACAGACGAGGGGACAGCUUCUAUUCUCUUUAGGAUCCUGCAUCUGCAUUAUGUCCAACUAUUUCUUUUCUGCAUUCUUCAAAAACUUAUACAAUCACUUGCAAGGGACACCAAAUUAUGUAUAUAUUCUGCCUUUCCCUGGCCAUCCGAUGUUUCUGCACAAGGGAAUGGCCUCUCCGUAUUACGCAUUGGACAUGUUUUUCGGUGCUUGCUCGAUCCUGGUCGCCGGCAUGAGUGCCAUUAGCUUCCAGGGUUCCUUCAUGGUGCUUUGUAAGCAUUCCUGUGCAUUGGUCCAAGUGUUAUGUCUACUGUUGGAGAGAUCCACGUCGCCUCUGGUUCCAAAACCGCAACGUGUGGAAUAUUUGCGAUACUUUAUAGUACAACAUCAACGCACUCUUGAGUUUAUCAGCGAGGUCAAUCAGCUUUUUAGACACAUUUGUCUCUCCCAGUUUCUUCACGGUCUGGCAAUUUACGCAUUUGUACUCUUCGAGAUGAACUUUGGCUUGAAAUCAAAUAAAAUUACUUUGAUUCGCAUGUUAAUGUAUUUAUGUGCGGCUACAUCAUGUGAUUGCAUGCACUACGUCAACGGACAGUUCCUGGCCAACGAGCUAGAAAAGGUUCCGUUAGCUUGUUAUAGCUGUGAGUGGUACCACGAAACAGAUGCCUUCAAGAAGACAUUGAAAAUAAUCAUCAUGCGCUCAAAUAAAGAAUUCUAUUUCCAAAUAUCCUGGUUCACAGUAAUGUCCUUGGCUACAUUGAUGGGCAUAUUCAAAGCGAGCGGAUCAUAUUUUCUACUACUUCGAAAUAUUGACGAACCCUAAAGGGCUUUUAUAAGAAACACAAAUUCUAUGCUUUGACUCUUUUGACUUUUUAUAUAGCUUUUAUUAACUUCAGCUCUAUGUUUUUUAUACAUUUUUAACUAAAUAUUUCCAAAAUGUGCGGGCUGAUUGCACAAAUGUUGAUAUUAUUAAAUUAUACUGGAGAAUAUAUUUGAAAGAAAUUUUAAAAAUAUAAAGGGAACCGAUCUUCAAAUCUAAUGGAGAAAAAUUAUUAUCAUUACAAAGAACAUUCUUUAUCAUUUAUUUUUAGAAGACUAUCUUUUUCAAAUGUCGACCGCGACUACAUCUCAGAUGAUCCAUCCGUUGAGUUCAAGUCUCGAUGAAUCGUUCGAGCAUUACAAAUGGUAACUGGCGAAUAUUUUGCUUCAAAGCCCAAAUUGAAAGGGGUUUGUCCGCUUAGACUUUACACAUCUCCACAGGAAAAAGUUAAACGGUGUGAUAUCACACGAUCUUGGUGGCCAAUCGACCGGCCCAAAACGUGAAACUAUCUGCUCACCGAAGUGUUCUCUCACUAAAUGCAAUGAUUAAGGGGAUGUUUCAAGAGUGGCACCGUCUUGUUGAAACCAAAUAGCGCCGAAUUCACGAACUUCAAUUUCAGCAUCAAAUAGUCGUUUAUUAUGGCUCGAUAACGGUCGCCAUUGACCUUAACAUUCUCACCGGCAUCAUUUUUGAAGAAAUAAGAAUCGAUGGUUUUACCGGCCCUCAAACCACAUCAAGCCGUUGUUUUUUCUGAAUGAAAUGACAACUCUUAAACCUCUUCAGGGUACUUUUCGUCCCUAAGGCGGCAAACUUGCUUGUUUACAUACCCAUUUAGUCAGAAAUAAGCCUCAUCGCUGAGCAAAAUUUGGCUCGGAAACGUCGGAACUUGGAACUUUUCAAGAGCUCAUAAACCGAAACGAUGCCGCUUGGUAAGGUCAAGCGACUUCAGUUCUUACACCAGCUGUAUUUUGUACAUUUUCAGUUUAAGUUCUCGACUUAAAAUGCACCAAAUCGUUGCCUACGUCAGUCCGAAUUGCUGCGAACGGCGCCGAAUCGACUCUCCACAGUCUUCGUGUACACUCUCAGCUACGGCUGCUAUAUUAUCUUUACUGCGUACUGGACGUAGCCUCUUCGGUUGAAUAUUAUCUAAUAAUGAAUGCUGGGUGUCAAGAUGGGAGAUGGUGCUGCGUAUAAUACGGUCAGUAGGCCGAUUAUAUUGACUAUAAGUUGAGCGAAGCGAAACACAUUCUUUUCGGAAUGGAAAUUUUCCUAAUAAAGUUGAAUGAUUUGUAAACGCUGUUUAGGUGUAAGUCUUUCCAAGAUGAAGUCGUAUGUAGUAAUCGUAUGUGGUAUAUAGUAUUUUACUAUAGCGGCUAAAAGAGACUUGCAUAGAAGCCAUAGAUAAUGAUAUUAGAAACUUUGGCUGAAAGACUCGUAAGAAUAAAGGGGAAUAUAAUGGCAAAAAGAAUGAGAAAGCAAAGCUGAUUUCGGCAUUUAUUUAUUUAUCUGUACUCAACUCGGUCAGUGAUUGUUUUUAUAUCAGCUAUUGUCAAGGGGAAGAAUGACGUCAUUUAUCAUGUUUGGAUAACUAAUUGAGGGGCAAAAGUACCUAGACAGUAUUAGCUAUUCAUUAUACCCGUUUUGAAGUUUUCUCUAAGUACUGAAUCGAAAUAUGUUUAAACCCGCAUGAUUAAAAAAACAUAAAUGCUAACUAAGGAAAGCUUACGUUCAGGUAAAGAAGUAAAACAAUUUCGCGUGCUUCCCAAUUUGGGGAAAUGGAGGAAACAUUAGCAUUUAAUUUUAAAAAAAUAUGUCCCACAAGGGAAGGGGUUUAAAAGCAAAUAAAAAAGGAUUUUGGUAUCAUGCCUGUAAUUCACAUUUUUAACUGAAAGAAUAAUAAUAGGAAUGAUGCUCAAACUGAAAAAAGAAAUAACACUUUCCAUGUAUAAAUUGAAAGUUUCUAUUACCAAUAUUUUCAAAUUUCAAAUCGCGGCAUGCGGUGGAUAUACUGAAUAUAGAUUUUUCGCAAAAUUGUUAAUAAACGCACCUUUACAGGUACAUACUAUUUAAUAUCUCAGAUUUGCCUUUUGUUAUCAAGUGAGCAAAUAUGGCUAUAAUCUUAAUGUUCUGCUUCUUCUUUAAUGGCGUAGAAACCGCUUACGCAGUUAUAGACGAGUUAACAACAGCGCGCCAGUCACUAUUCCUCUUCGCAACAUGGCGCCAAGUAGAGAUUCCAAUCAUUGCCAGGUCCUUCUCCUUUUGCUCCGCUUGAGUCGGCGGGUAUUUUGUCGAAUACUCUCAGAGCUGGAAUGUUUUCUUCCAUUCGGACAACAUGACCUAGCCAGCGUAGCCGCUGUCUCUUAAUUAGCUGAACUAUUUCAAUGUCAUCGUAUAUCUCAUACUGCUCAUCAUUUCAUCGAGUGCGAUAUUCGCCAUGGCCAACGUGCAGAAGACCAUAAAUCUUUCGCAGAAUCUAUUUCGUCUUGCCUUCGUUCACUAUCGCUUUAUUAUCCAACCUUUAGAAAGCAAAACUAACGGCGAGGUAUUUAUGGCCAAAUCUCAUCGUCAUACGCCAGCAGUUGUACACUCUUGUAGAAAAUUGUACCAUCUCGAUUAAGUUCUACAGCUCGGGUUAUUUUCUCCAGGAGUAGACUGAAGAAGUUGCACGAUAGGGAGUCGCUUUCACACAAUACGCUCGAUAGAACCUUAUAUACGAUGUUUAGGAGUUGGCGUCUUCGUCGGACCAUAUUCUACAAAGAAGAUGAUGCUUGCUCCUUAUCUCUUCUUCGCCACCGUAUUUAAAUAGCUCAGCCGGCAAUCCUUCGACCGCCGCCGCUUUGUUCCAUUCCACUUUGGAAAUAUUUUCUGUAUACUCUGGGCAUCAGUCACUAGAUCCCCUCUAGGGGUUCUACAAAAGCAUAUUCCGGUCUUGAAAUAAAACAUUUCAAUUACUCCACGCUUUCGUCGCAUAAUGAAUGUUGGUUUCCUUGGCAUAAAGCUUUACCAACACUUCAAAAUAUUUCACCACCACUGACCUUCACAAAUGAAAUGUUCGAAUACUACCAAACUACGCCCUUCCUUACUUACUGUGGCUUUCGAUUUAAAAGAAAAUUCAACAAUGUAUUAUUUUUGUUUACCUUACAAAAAUAUUCUAAGACAAUUUAUGUAAUUUUAUUGACCAAUUAAAAGCUUAAUA